GAAGACGGCAAGCCAGGCGAGCUCCUGGACGUACAUUUAGUGGCCCAUGUCACGGCGGCAUUGCUCCCACUUCUCGCCCGCCUAAGGCGCUCGGUAUCUCGCCGCAGGCAGCAUGAUGAAGGGGAGCGGUGCCAUCCCGAACAUGAAGCCAACGUCGCCGUCGUCCAUGUUCUACGUCCACGAGGGUGACGUCGCCCAGAGCCACCACUUCCUGGAGGAGUGCUCCCUCUGCGCCAAGGCGCUCUCCGGCGACAUCUUCAUGUACAGAGGUGACACGCCGUUCUGCAGCGAGGAGUGCAGGCGGCAGCAGAUCGAGGUGGACAGGGCGAGGCACCGGCGGAAGAAGCACGCGGCGGCGCACGCCGUGUCGGCGCGGAAGGAGCACCACCGGCACCACCACCACCACCACCAUCACCACCACCACCGUCAGCACCAGCACCAGAGGGCCAUGGUGAAUGCCACCCCGUGGAACGACGCCGGGUUCGCCGCGAGGAGCCCCGCGUUGCGCGUGUGAUCCGAUCCGAUCAAACCGCGCUCCUGCCGUCAACCCGCGACCAACGGGGAGACACACACUACCCGUCUAUGACUACACGCGACCCCUUGAACAAUUAGGAACUGGUUGCAUUAGUGGUGUACGUACGUACACCAGUACACGGGCGGCUGGACGGUUUUGUUUCUAGCAUUUUCCCAAGGUUAGAACUUCAGAGCCACGAGACAGAGCCAUGGAUGGAUGCAUGGGCUCCCUCUCCACUUUUCUUCCCCGAGAUUAACUUGGCUAGCUAUUGUUCUGCUUUUGUGGAUUGGAAUUGAUUUUCCGGACCAAAACGAUCUAGAUGACAUGUAAAUCUUGUAAAUUUUCUGAAUAUAUUACUUGCUACAAGUUUUCUCA